AUGGACCAUCACUCUAUGAGCACAAUGGAUAUGAGCAGUAUGAGCGAUUCCAGCUCCUCUUCGAGCUCCUCCUCAAUGACAAUGUCCAUGGUCUUCACAAACACCCACGACACUCCACUCUUCUCCUCCGCCUGGACACCCUCCUCCUCGGGAGUAUACGCAGGCACAUGCAUCUUCCUCAUCGUCCUCGCCAUCAUCGACCGUUGUCUGAUCGCCUUCAAAGCCAUCAUGGAACGCCACUGGCUAGCAGCGCACUUGAAUCGUCGCUACGUCGCGAUUGCCGGGAAGACCAGCGAGGCUGGGCGCAUUGAUGCCGACCCGGAUGCGAAGACUGCCUCGCUGAUUACGGCGCAGGGAGUCGAGGAGAAUGUCAAGGUCGUGCGCAAUAUCUCCCAUGGCCCGAUUCCCUGGCGGUUUAGCGUGGAUGUGCCGCGGGCGGCGCUGUUUUUGUGUAUUGCGGGGGUCUCGUAUCUACUUAUGUUGGCUGUCAUGACGAUGAACGUGGGAUACUUCUGUUCGGUGUUGGCAGGCGCGUUCCUGGGGGAAUUGGCGGUUGGCCGAUACAUCCACUGGAACGAGCAUGCACACUGA